CUUGCUCUCCUGUUCCUGCUGCCCUUUAAAACUUUGCAUACUUUGUUUCUAUUUUAAAAUUAGUUUUCUUGGACAAUGCAGAUUCUCCACCCUCCGAAAUACGCCGUGUUUCCCAAUCGUGGAGCUUUUGAACUGGAUGUAUAAUUACUCAAACUAACCGGACAAAUUUCGAAUAUUGACAGUUUAUCUGGGACAACUUAAUUUUACAAUUCUCAUAUUUACAAGUAAAACUUUUGUGACACGAGACACGACAGGAGUUGUUGGCUUGGGGCUAUAUAGUUUCCGGUUGUGCAGAAACAAUCAUCAUUGUCGUGACCGCCGUGGAUAACUCUUAAGAUUUUGUGACCAACUGUAACUAAUCGACUCUGACCUUUCUGCUGUGACGCGACAAAUCAAGAUUUCGGGUUUCAUUUUAUCAGACACCAUCAACAACAAUAAGUUAAUUAUCCCGACGUACUGGAAAUAGUUUAUCAUUGAGGCGAUUGACCGAAAUUUAUCGUACUUUGAAAUUUUACGUAACAUCAAUUACCCGUUUUGACAAUGGCUUCCCUUCGGACCCGUGCACUCUCGUCGUCCUCGAUUUCCACUGUAGGGGCUGAUAACGCAGAAACGCAUAACCCUGCUAAGGGACAAGAGAACCAAGGUGGCCCUGGAGCCUUACGUGGAGCUAGGGUGCUCGGAGAUAUAGGGAAUCGAAUGAAGAAACACCUAGGAACAAGCCAAGCACAACCGGGAAAGCCUUUGGGACCAAUGAAGGCGACUGCUAAACCAGGAGUUGGUGCUUCGAAAGCAUCGGCCUUUGCUGUUCCUCGACUUCCCAAACCGGCCGCACAAAAUCGCCAAGAAAAUGCAAAGCCACAACCACAAUUAACUCGUUCAGCUUCGAUGAACCAAGGAACAAACAAAAAAACCAAUGUCCAAAAUGAUGCAGGCGUCAAAGUAUUAGGAAAUUUGCAAAACAGAAGUCAAAGUCACAUUAGUCUCAAGGACGGAAUCCUCAAAUCUCUCAACGCUGUGGUUGGUGACAAGAAGAAACUUCCAGCACAAACUGUAGUUUACGAAGAUAAGUUGCAACAAAAGGAAGUUAGCGUUCCAGAAACUAGCAAAAGUACUGAAGUUCAACCACUGGAAGCUUGCGAUGCUCCAACAAAUGAAGUUUUUGAAGAGCUGAAGACGGAGAGCUCUUCUUCUGAUAAAACAACUAGUAUUAAAGAAAAUAAUGAAGUCGCUGUUUUUUCCGGUCAGAGAUUUGAUGUUCCUGAUAUUGAUGCCGAAGAUGGUAAAAAUCCAUUGCUUCUAAGAGAGUACAUUCAAGACAUUUGUGAUUACUUAUUCAUUUUGGAAAAAAAGUACCCCAUCAAAAUUAGGUAUCUUGAAGGUCGACUGAUUAAUUCUAAAAUGCGUGCUGUUUUGUUGGAUUGGCUUGUGGAGGUGCAUUACCAGUUCGGAUUUAUGCCAGAAACCCUGUACAUGGCUGCAAAAACGUUGGACCGAUACUUGCAGAAAGAACGCAAAGUCACGAGGAAACAACUUCAACUUGUCGGAGUUACAGCCUUGUACGUGGCUGCAAAAUUUGAAGAAGUGUGUACUCCUACUGUGAUUGACUUUUCUGCAGUUAGUGACAACGCUUUUAGUUCUACCGAAGUUCGACAUAUGGAAAAGGAAAUAUUGCAAUCAUUGGAGUACGAUCUUGCUCCCCCUCCCGCAGUAUUCUUUCUGAGAAGAUUCUCCAAAGCCGCUGGGGCUCCACUGUUGAUCCAUACAAUGGCAAAAUACAUUAUGGAAUUGACUCUUGUGGAUUACGGUACAUGUCAUUUGUACCCAUCGGAUCAAGCUGCUGCGGCUUUGGCUCUCGCAUUGCUCAUAAUACACAAGACUAAACCUCUCCAAGAGCUGUGGAACUCCGCUUUACAGCAUCACACAAGGCUCUCUCUAGAUGCUCUAAAACCAAUUCUAACUCCAGUCGCAUGUAUGUUGGCAAAAGUACAUGAAGAACCUCCUAAACUUAAGGCUGUGUAUUCAAAAUAUGGUAGAAAUAGGUUAAACAAGAUCAGUUUGGUUCCAGAACUUCAGAUUAAGGAAUGGAAAGACCGUGUGACCCGAGACCUAUGCUGAAUACCUUUGGAAAAUGAUUAGAAGUUAUGAAAUUAAGUGUAUGCAUUCCUUGAUAUCCAAUUCUACCCAUGUGGCAUAAGCCUCACAAAGUGUGUUUUACGAAUAUGAUAAUAAUAAGAAAUGGUUUUGAUUGUCUCUAUCAUACAACUAGAAAAUCGUGGUCCGUCUUUGAAUUCUUAUUGUUUCACGUUAGUGUCAUUGGUAUUGAUGCAGCGAAAAUGUGGUUUUUGGCCGAUUUUUAUUUUAAAACUUGAGAAACGCAGCGUAAGCGUUUUAUAUCCUCUUUUAAAUUUCUUCCUCAUUUGAACUAAAAAAAAUCUGUUUUAUUAGUGACGUAAAAUCGUCAAGUAGACAUCAGCUCAAUUAUUAUUCUGAAUGAUAAAGAUGAAAGUAACGUAUCUGGGUAAUAAAGAUCUACAGUUCUUGUAAAUAAAAUA